AUGGACAACUCCCUCAGAGGGCCCAGCAAGAUCAGGAAACGAGCAGCAAAGGCAUGCCUCGCCUGUCGAGCACGCAAGGUUCGCUGCGAUGUCUCGCAAAGGGGCAGGCCGUGUAUGAACUGCUACCUGGACAACGAGACAUGCGUUGUCACCAGCCGGGCAACCCGACGCCGAAAGCAGAAAGAUGACGGGAGCAAUGUCGGCGCGUCAGUGACAAGUAUCGAGCCCUCCAAUGACUCGCAGCGGCGCGGCUCGGGGGAGUCGACGGCAGCCGUGGAGCAGGUUCGAGACGCGAACAUGAGCCCUGGCACCGCGUCAGACGCCGGGAGUGAGAACCUCCACGGUGGCCCAACUGCCUUCCAUGAGCCUCCCAAGGGGACCGUGACGGGGAGCAACGGCGGGAGGCCGGCUGUUCACUACGCCGAAACCAGCACACAACGGAUGAUCCCAAUGCAAUAUGCUCCAAUGCCGGCACCACCUGUGCAGCACUAUCCGCCCGCCCGAGCAGGGCUCCAGUGGAGCGGGGAGCAGAGCACGAGGUUCGGCGCCGACAUCACGUACACGUACUACCCGUUCAUCGAGGUGAACAACCUCUCGGCCAUCCCGCCUCAGGACGUCAACUACCUGGACCUGCAGGGCUGCCUGCGAGUGCCAACCAAGACGAUUCUGGACGAGUUUGUCAAGCAGUUCUUCCUCCACGUGCAUCCCAUCAUGCCAUUGCUGAAUGAGGGGGACUUCUGGGAGAUGUACGCUUCCCAGUCCCAGGGAACGCACGUGUCGACGAGGAUAUCACUUCUCAUGAUCCACGCCAUGUUGUUCUCUGUUUGUGGUUAUGUAUCUCGGAAUAGCAUCAAGGCUCUGGGGUUCCCAGAUGUCAAAGUGGCCAGGUCUGCGUUCUACCGCAGAGCAAAGCUUCUCUUCGAUUUCGGAAGCGAGUACAGCCCUAUAGCAGUCGCCCAAGCCACACUCUUGCUGUCAUCAUGGUCGCCAAAUCCGAGUGGCAACAACACCCGUGCCAGUAGCAGCUGGCUUAGCAUUUCGAUCCAGCAAGCGAAAAUCGCCGGCGCUCACCGGUACUCCUCACUACACCAGACCCAGUGGCCCGAGUCCCAGCGAUCACGGGUGCUCAAGCACCAGAAUGACCUCAAGAGGCUUUGGUGGUGUAUCGUCCUCCGUGACCGGAUCCUAUCUCUGAGUUAUCGUACAUGUAUACAAGUCACCAGAGCACAUUUCGAUUUUGAUGCCGAGGCGCAUGCACCUCUCAGCUUCGCGGACCUGGCGAGUGAGAUCGAGCGGAGCCGAGUGUACAAUUCGGGGACGAAGAAGUCUCUGAUCGAGAUGCUGGCUCAUCACAUCCAGCUUAUGGUGGCGCUCACAGACCUGCUGGUGCUCGUUUGGCCCCUAGACGAAGCACCGCAGUGGGCCAGGAGAUAUGGGGAAGAAGAAGCAGCCAAGAUCGAGCGGUGUAAAGGCCAGUUGAGGAGCUGGUAUCAACGAUCUACGGCGAGGUUCCCCAUGCCAGGGGACGGAAUAAGAGCAAGGUCGGGUGCCGCUGACGGCAGUGGCCGAGGGGCCGAGUUCCACCACGAUUCAGUCGUGUUAUACACCAAUCUGAUGUACAUCGCCUACCAUUCUGCUAUGACACGGUUGUGUCACCUUGAGUGUCUCCAAUUGACACUGGCGGCAAUAUCAACGAGAUCGGGCGGCACGUUGCCAGAUCCAUCUGCAUUGGCCAAGAACGGAUUGGAGAUACGGGAAGCAGCUUCUGGAGCUGUACGGUGUCUCAGGGAGCUCAUACAGCUCCGCUUGUCGAGGUGGCUACCGCUCAGUUCAACUUCUUGCACAUCACUUCCCCUGAUACUACACGUCGUCGAUGCGAAGCUGCCGUCUCAGGUCGGCCCCAAGCUGCCCAGUCUUCACGACCUCGUCGAAGCCGUGAGGAGCUACCAGUCAGCCCCGGACAGCUUGGACUGGAUGUACGACGCAGUCCGGGGCAUCGUCAGCCUAUCCCAACUCCAAGACCCGGGCCAGAUAUCAAGCCCGUCCCUGACCGCCGAGAACCUGGGCGCAGUCAACAGCACCUCGGCGGCUACAUCGGAGUUCGCAUGCCACCCCAGCGUGCACCUGCGCCUCGCCCUGGUGAUGGACUCGGACCUGAAGAGGAGCAAGUCCCUGAACACGCGGGACCUGUCCGCGGGGAUCGCGAGGCUGUUCUCGAGCGACAGCGUCAACCGCAUCAAGGCGCUCCUCAGCCAGGUGCCCCAGCAGAAACACACGCCCUCGGCCGGCGGGUCCUCGCGGAUGCAGUCCGGCUCCAGCAACCCGGACAACACCUUGAGGAAGCAGGCGCUGGCCGACUGGGGCCAGUUCGACCAGUCCAUGAUCUUCGCCAUCGAGCUGGGCCUCGUGCCCGCGCAGCCGGCCGCGGGCGGCAGCGACAGCGAGGACUCGGCGAGCGCCAUGUCGGUCGGUUCCGAGGAUUACGACAACGCGGCCCCGGCGGGGUCUUCCGGGGGGCUGCCUCACCGCGUGGUCCACAGCAAGGACUGGAAGGAGGUCGCGGGCCAGGCGUUUGCCGAGACCGGGGACAAUGCCGAGAGGGACGUGCUGGGUGCUUUUAUCUUCAGGGACCAGCCGCCUGGGGCCGAAGCAGGGCAUUAUGUGAUCGAUGAAGAUGACGGGGAGAGUGGCGACGGCGGUAAUGGAGGAUCGACGGUUCGCGAGGCGCGUGUACAGUCGACACACGGCGAUGGCGAUAAGGAGACCACCGAUGCUUCACACCCUGGGACCGGUCUACUUAUUUAA